GCGCAGAUAUUUGCCGAGUGCACGCUGGCGUUCUGGGCGAUCAUUGAUCUCGCAGGGAACGCUGACCCAGCGGAAGUUGGCGUGCAAGAGGAGGACGUGCAGCGGCACGCCACGAAGGCCUUGAGGCGCAUGAUCGCGGACGCUGGGCUCCCAGACGCCGGCGUCUGGCCGAGCUUCGAGCGCGGGCUCGAGAGGCUGGAGCAGUGGGGGCUCGUCCAACGAGAGCCGCAAGCAGGUGAGUCCCGCGGUGGUUGGAAGGAGAAGGGCCAGCCAAAGGUUGACCUCCACAAGGACGAACGAGCACGCAGUCUACGCCCGGUGGACCUGUCCCGCGCCCCAGGCGUGUUGUACGGCCUCCGGUCCAAGCUCUGGGAGCGUGAGAAGCACGUCUGGCUCGACUAG